CUUCCAAGCCCUCUCCUUCUCCCUCUCCGUUCAGCGGUGUUACAGCCGGCUCUCUCUCCGAUCGUCUCUUCCAAGGCUCAACCCUCGCUCCCUCGGUGCUUUGGGUGGCGUUAAAUCUUUUAUUUAUUUGUUCUACCAAUACGGGUUUGUUAGCAUUCGUUGUUGAUUUCCGAAUUCUGUUUUUAAUUUCUUUUGGGUAUAUGCCAAUAAAAGCUUCGAUUAGGGUUUAGGUAUUUGGGAAUUUGAUACUUCUGCAAGAUAUCUACUAUUGUUCUUUUCCGUUUGAUACCAGUUACUGGUUUUACAUGUCGGUGGACGGGAAAAUGUUAGGGUUUUGUGUUUCUUUAAAUGAUGUGAAAUUCGAUUAUGAAAAUGAUAAAUUAACCAUGAAAUCAAUUUUGAUCACUUAAAAUUGAAGAAUUUGGGCCAAGAAUGGAAGAUUAAACCUGUUAAUCAUUUCUUUCUGGAGGGUUUAAAUUAGUCUAUCUGUUGAAUUCCUUUCUGUUUUGAUUUGAUACAAAAGAGCUUCAUUGGUUCGGUUUAUUUGUGUAAUUCAAUCUCUCCUUUUGAUGGCAACUAUCAUCUCAGACGUUUUCUGGGGAUGGUAACAGGUAACUUAUUUUCUUUGGUGCUGAAUUACCCAUUAUAUUAUAUGUUAAUGAUAUCUACAAGUCAUAAGCUCCCAGCUUUUCUUAAUGAUUACGCAGUCUUUGUUGUUUUCUUAAGUUCUCCAUAUGAGUUUUUUUAUUUAGCAUGCAAUGCAGAACAGUUAGAGCAAUUAAUGAUAUUUGCAUCCUUUUGUUUUUCCAAAAGUUUUAUUGGAUAGUUGCAUUCAAACCUGUAGUUUACCAUGUUCUGCAUGAUAGACUUCUUUCCGUAUGCAUACUGCAAUUUCCUCAUUACUCUUUUUCAACUUGGGUACGAUGUUAGUAUCCUCUGACUUGUUUUUUCUUGUUUGCUUCUAGUUGUUCUAACUGGGCCAUAUUGGUGGGUCCUAAAACUCUGCUGUCUUCAACAGGAUCUGAUUUAUCAUUAGCUAGGAUUUAUUGUCUUUUGUUGUAGUUAAGUUUGCUUAAUGAUAUUUGUGUUUAAUCAAUUGUAUUAGCUUGAUUCACCAGUUUGUUAUCAGUAGGUUUCAAUUAAAAUUAUUAGUUGCUUUAGAUGAUUCUUUUUAAAUCUUUUUUCUUUUUUUUUUCUUUUUUUUGGUAAUUUUUUUAAAUCUUUUUUCUGGACAGUCAAAAGGAACUUUGUUACUAUUUAAAAUUUUAAGGUAGGUUGAUUGUAAUAUUUAAGAUGAUUUGAGGACAAUUGUAUAAUGGUAUGUUUUUG